AUGGACGUGAAGUUUUUCAACCCAAUACUAUUUGUGUCACUUCUAGUGAUGCAUACUAUACCUUCUACAAACACGGAGGACCAAUGUAAAACAGAACUUAAAACCUGCAGAUUAGUUCUGAACGAUGAUGUCUUUGGAAGACCCGGUCCUCCGGGACCUGCUGGACCUAGAGGCUUUGAUGGUUUGAAGGGCGACAGGGGAAUGCCUGGUCCAGUCGGUUUGCCCGGACCACCUGGUCGCCCAGGCAUUUGUGACUGCAACCUGUCGUGA